UUACUCCCUCCUACUGCUGUUCCCUCAAAGCAGGGAAUAACGACGGGGAGGAGGCAGAUUUGGAUUGAUUCGCUCGCGGUUCUCAACGUCAAUGGUCCACACCUGGAUGUGUGUUUGACAGAAAGGUUAAGGAGGGGUUGCUAUGCCAACACAGCCUGGUCCUGAGUUUGAGGUGAACAGGGCAGAAGAGUUCUCCCAGACCAAGGAGACGGCCGCGGGCAUGCAGGACUCUGCUUCAGACAACAAGAUGGCCAGACAGGACCAGGAAUCCAAACUGAUUGACGACAACAGGGACAUGGACGAUGUGUCGGAGAAAACCACCCCGAGCAAGACCCCGAAAUCCCCUCAGAAGACUUCCAAAAGGCCAAAAACGGUCCCCUUCAAGGUCACCCUUAUGGACACAUCCGAGUAUGAAGGAGGGAUUGAGAAGCACUGCAAAGGACAGUCACUGCUGGACCUGGUGUGUGAGCACCUCAACCUCCUGGAAAAAGACUACUUUGGCCUGACGUUCAGCGACGUGGACAGCCAAAAGAAUUGGUUGGACCCCUCCAAGGAGAUCAAGAAGCAGAUGCGCACGGCUCCGUGGCACUUUGCCUUCUCGGUGAAGUUCUACCCUCCAGACCCGUCCCAGCUCACAGAAGACAUCACCAGGUACUAUCUGUGCUUGCAGCUGAGAGAUGACAUGCUGUCGGGUCGUCUGCCCUGUUCCUUUGUCACCCAUGCCCUGCUGGGGUCCUACGCCGUGCAGGCCGAGCUGGGAGACUAUGACGCCAACGACCACGGCCCCGACUACGUCACCGACUUCCGCUUUGCACCCAAUCAGACGCGGGAGUUGGAGGAGAGGGUCAUGGAGCUCCAUCGGAACUACAGGGGUAUGACUCCAGCUGAAGCAGAAAUCAACUUCCUGGAAAAUGCUAAGAAGCUAUCCAUGUAUGGGGUAGAUCUCCAUCAUGCCAAGGAUUCUGAAGGGAUUGACAUCAUGCUGGGCGUUUGUGCCAAUGGGCUUCUAAUCUAUCGCGACCGCCUGAGGAUCAACCGCUUCGCCUGGCCAAAAAUCCUAAAGAUCUCCUACAAGAGGAGCAACUUCUACAUCAAAAUUCGGCCUGGAGAGUACGAGCAGUUUGAAAGCACUAUUGGCUUUAAGCUCCCCAAUCACCGGGCAGCGAAGCGACUGUGGAAGGUCUGCAUUGAGCACCACACCUUCUUCAGGUUAGUGUCUCCAGAGCCUCCUCCCAAGGGUUUCCUGGUGAUGGGAUCUAAGUUCCGCUACAGCGGACGGACCCAGGCUCAGACUCGGCAAGCCAGCUCGCUGAUAGAUCGUCCGGCGCCGCACUUUGAACGCUCCACCAGCAAGAGGUACCUGCUGUCCCGCAGUCUGGAUGGAGCAGAGUUCUCCCGGCCAGUGUCAGCCAUGUGUGAGAACCAGGACGGUCUGUCCCAGCGCAGCGUCAGCCAACAGCCCCACCUGUACAGCCCCUCUGGGGAUGAACUGGAUACAGAACUGGAACCUCCUAGUCUGGAGCAGGAGGACCAUAAUGAGGGUCAGGAUGAAGGACAUGAUCUGGAGGAAGACCGGGCCCAGGAGGAGGACAGUGUCACCAGCCCCAGCAAGAAGAAAGAGAUCAAGGAGGAUGCUGGGUCCCCGCUUGACAAUAUACAGGAGUUGGACCAUGAGACAACCCCUCGACACAAGGAGUUUUUGGAUAAAUCAGAGGAUGUCUUAUUGAAGCACCAGGCCAGUAUCAAUGAGCUGAAGAGAGCCCUAAGGGAACCCAACAGCAAGCUGAUGAACCGUGAGAAGCGGCUUUCAGGAACGUCCCCAGGUGGCACGCCGGAGAAGAAGGCUGUGGGGGGCAAGGACCUAGUAAACAGCCUCUCUGUAGAAGGCUUCAUCCAGAAGACUGUGGUGACUUCCCCAGAGGGCUCUGAGGAGUGGGUAUUGAUUGAGAAACAACACACUUAUCAACAGGAUCAUGACUGGAAGGCAGAGGAACAGAGCAAAGCUUCCACUUCGCCUCCGCCAUUGUUCUUUGAUUCUUCUCGGGGAAGAAAGAAAGAAUUGGAAAAGGAGAUACAAGAAGCCAAGAUGAUUCAUAUCGAGGUUACAGGGGAGGAUGGGCAAGAAAUGAGAACCGAUAUUGAUAGCUUUCCUUCGCCCAAAGUCUCAAGGGAAGCCUGUGAGAAAUUUUCCGAACCACAGCUGACUAGUGACAGGCGGUUUGUGGUGGAAUUAGCUGAAACGGCUGAAUCUUUUGAAGUUGAUUCACAUUGCAAUGUGUCUCGUGGUGAAGACUCUGGGGCAGUGAAUGACAUAUUCCCGGCCCCCGUGUCAGCCCCAGUCCCAGUCCCAGUCCCAUUCCGAGACUCUGUGAAGGAUCUUCCACUCAACAGACCUAGAAAAAAGAAGAGACCGAAUAGUUUAAACCUGGGAAUGUCCACGGAGUUCAUCUACGAGCAGGAGGGCGAUGCCUCAAACAGUGAAGAAGACAAGGAGGGAUCAGAUUGGGAGGAAGGUCCUACGGAGAAGACAGAUGCAGGACUAACAGAUCAGCCCGACGACAGUCCAACAAAAGAUGAGCCAGAAGACCCGUGUUGGGUGAUGAGUCCACUGAUGAGAGAUGACGAGAGGUCACCAGAGAUGAGUCCCCUGAUGAGACGAGUGGAGAGAUCACAAGAGAUACAAUGGAAGGAGAAAGUGGAGUCUGACUCAUUGUAUGAAGAUAACGAGAAGGACAAUAUUGGACAAGAUGAUAAGAUUUGGAGAAGUGCUGUUUAUGAGCAUCCAAGGUGUGAUGCAUGGGAACAGACUAAGAGCUUCAUUGCUGAGGUCCAGCCAACAGACGACGGGCUUGGCUCUGUCAAUGGUCCCGGGGAAACAAAACGUGAUAGAUUAGCAGAGCAGGUUAGAGAACAGGUUAAAACAUUUCAUCUCAGAGAAAGGAGUGUGACUGAAGAUGGAGACCAGGUGGCAGAGGUCAAACUGAGAGAGGUCAAGACACACGAGAGAAAAACUAGUAACUCUGGGGGGGAAGACAUGGAAUGUCUUAUGUCAGAGGUCAGGGGUCCGAGAACUUCUUUUCAAAGACUCUCAGGCAGCAGUCAGGCAGAAAUCACUAGGAUCGUGCCUCUCAAACCUGAAAGGUUGAAGAGCUUAGCGUGCAAAGAUGAACAUGACAGAGGAAGUCAGGAGACUGAGUCUGAGCAGAGUGGAGUUCUUACAAGAGAGACCAGACGGUCAGAAGGACCCUCGGACCUCAGCCGGAAUGACACAUCCACUUUCACCCUUCCUACAUCACUCAUCUCAAGCAACGUUAGUCCAGUAAAACGGAGUCACUCCCCAACCUUGACAUACAGAGAUGCCCCACAGGAGCAGGGAAGCUUCUGGGGUCAGGAAGGCUUGGCGAGAGUCGAGGCUAAAUCUGAAGAGGUGGUUCAGGAACAGGGAAGCUUCUGGGGUCUGGAAAGCUUGGCGAGAGUCGAGGCUAAAACUGAAGAGGUGGUUCAGGAACAGGGAAGCUUCUGGGGUCUGGAAAGCUUGGCGAGAGUCGAGGCUAAAACUGGAGAGCUUGUUCAGAAACAGAGCAGUGCUGCCUGUGACGAUCCCUUUCAGGCUGCCAGAGAAGCCAUAGAGAGUAAUCAGUUUCUCAGCUUUAAGGCUUCAGCUCCAUCUACAGCCUCAGCGCUCCCCAGAACAGCUCCUCCUGCCCCUCCAGUGAAAACACAGAAGGCCAGAGAGUCUGGACUCAUACUCCGGAACUUCAACCGCAAUACUAGCAGGGAGCCUGGCCUAGACGCUGCCAAGAAGAGACACUCGGAGCCUCUCUCCGCUCCUGCCAUUUAUGAAGACACAGUAGAUGAUGCCAAGACGGAACCCUGGGAAAGGAGGCCUCGGCCGGGCUCGGCCUUGGAGGACCACGAGCACGACACGGGCUGCCCAAAAGAGACCCACCUGGGAAUCGAGAGGAAGUGUUCCAGCAUGACGGUCAGCUCCACGUCCAGCCUAGAGGCCGAGGCGGACUUCACCGUCAUCAUGGACCUGCACUCGGGCGUAGAGGAGUACUCCAAGGGCAUGUCUGAGCUGGGGGAACAGGGGGAGAGGAUGCCCGAGGUGGGCAGGGAGGACUUUGAGGAGACGUCCAGGUUCUAUUCGGCCCGUCUCAUGGGCUCCUAUGACAUGUCGCCUGUAGAGGAGAGGCCCCCUGUGCACCAUGAGGAACGGGCCCACCACGAGCCUCCUGUCGCCAGGAAAGACGCCAGUGCUGUCAGCACUGCCCAGCUGCUGAAGAGGGCCGAUUCCAAGAAGGAGACGCACACCAACGGGUCAGAGGUCACAAGCACCCACAUCAUGUCAGAGCAGCAAAUGGAGGCUGACGUCAACUGUAACGAGACUAAGGUCUCCAGCAGCACUGAUGUGGUUCAGCCACCAGAGGGCGACCUGAACCAGAACCAUGGAGUUGUCGUUAGUAAGGAGUCUCCAACCCCCAUCAAAGAAAAUGGCUCCCCCGUGAAGGCAGGCACACUAGGGAGAGAGGCUGUUAUGGUGUCUCCGCUGACCGUCACCGCUGACAACUUCACCUCAGCAACCACAACUCAAGUUACCAAGACAGUGAAAGGUGGAUACUCUGAGACAAGGAUUGAGAAAAGGAUCAUCAUCACAGGAGACGAUGAUGUAGACCAACAUCAGGCCCUUGCCAUGGCAAUACAAGAAGCCAAGCAGCAACACCCUGACAUGUUGGUGACAAAAGCAGUGGUUGUCAGGGAAACAGAAUCUCCCACAAAGGAGCAACAUAGGAAAUCUGAGUCCUGAUCAUCUGUGGUGGUUCCAGGGGACACAGUCAGCUCCCUGACCCUUCAAACAUCACCCUGCAGAAGGACUGCAGUAAACUACCCACAGUGUAUACGACAAUUAAACCUACCGACGCAACAAUCUCUGUCUCCUCUGCAACACAAUAUGCCUCCGCCUGUCUUUUCAGCCAAAACCGACUGUGAUGCCGCCCCUGAACCCCCCCCCACCACCACCACUACACAACCCCCC